GCACAGUUAAAAAGCGCCUGAGUGGCCGGAGCAGCCUGCGAGAGGAGAGACUCGGUGGAAGCUGACACUGUGUGGAAGCGUUCUCUUCUACCCAUCAGCUACCGGACCACAAUGUCCAAACCGAAGUUUCAGACGGAGUGGGAGGAAAUUGAUGAGGAAUAUCAACAAUUACAGGAAACUCACAAAAUAUACAGACAGAAAUUGGAGGAACUCACCAAUCUUCAGACAACAUGCAGCAGCGCCAUCAGUAAACAAAGAAAAGGCCUAAAAGACCUCAGACACAGCUUGUCCAAGUGUGUGCAAACAUGUGAAGAGAAAGAGUUGAAACUAAUAACAGACAUCAAGACACAAAUCAAAGAUAAAGAAAAUGUUUUCUUUGAUAUGGAAGCAUAUUUGCCAAAGAAGAAUGGGCUGUACUUGAAUUUGGUCCUGGGCAACGUGAACGUAACGCUUCUCAGUAACCAGGCAAAAUUUGCCUACAAAGACGAGUAUGAGAAAUUCAAGCUUUAUAUGACAAUAAUCCUGAUGUUUGGAGCAAUAACCUGCCUCUUCUUUCUCAACUGUCGAGUCACUGAUGAAAUCUUCAAUUUUCUGCUGGUGUGGUACUACUGCACACUGACCAUAAGGGAAAGCAUCCUCAUGAGCAAUGGCUCCAGGAUCAAAGGUUGGUGGGUGUCUCACCAUUAUGUGUCCACCUUUCUGUCAGGUGUCAUGCUUACCUGGCCAGAGGGACCUAUGUAUCAGAUGUUCAGGAGCCAGUUCCUUGCUUUCUCCAUCUAUCAAAGCUUUGUUCAGUUCCUGCAGUAUUACUACCAGAGCGGCUGCUUAUACAGGCUGCGAGCUUUGGGAGAGAGAAAUCAGCUGGACCUCACAGUGGAGGGAUUUCAGUCCUGGAUGUGGAGAGGACUCACAUUUCUGUUGCCUUUCCUCUUUUUUGGCCACUUCUGGCAGCUGUACAACUCAGUGACCCUAUUUCGCUUGGCAGGACACGAGGACUGUAAGGAGUGGCAGGUUUUCAUGCUGGCACUGACAUUUCUCGUCCUCUUCCUGGGAAAUUUUCUCACCACGUUGAAAGUCGUCCACCAAAAAAUCCAGAAAAACCAGGAAAAGGUGCAAAAAAGUGACUGAGAACAACCUCAGCGAGACGCGUCGGACCCUUCAGACGGCCAGUAACCUUGAAGCAACGCGCACAACCGCUCCACAGACCGACCACGGUACGAUCAGGCCGAGAGAACACGACGCUGAAACCACCGUUCCUCUCAGGCUUCGAUGGCAGCAGCAGCGUCCAGCCAAAGCGUGUGGCAAACAUGCUAUUACUUCCCAAUGACUCGAUGUUGAUGUUGCUGCUCAGUCGGGCUCGACACACAGUGGUGUUGACCCGACACACAAACCGUUCGUCUCUUUAUCCUGUACAUAAAAUGUGAGUGGAAGGAAUGUGUUUUGUUUGGGUGUUUGUGUCGGUUCGUGGAUCUGUCGGAGAGCCUUUGUUCAAAUCAUAUGCAACUUACAAAGAGGGCAGGUAGCAUCGGGUAACGGAACAGGAAAUGGUUUGCCUUUGAAGACCAAACGUCUGUCAUGCUUCAUACUUCUGUGAAGUAGCUACGGUCAAACUGUCUCUGGCUCCAGCAAAAUUGAACACAUUCAGCUCCAUUUUCCUUUUAUCAUGUAGUUCUCAAAUCCCUGCUAGCCGUCAUUUUUACUCGUCUUUUGGUCUCUGAAAUGACAAAUGUAGGUCAACAAUUUUUAAAUGUACAAUGGAUGCUCGACUUUCCCCCUAAUGAACUGCCCCCUGGUUGUGCUCUUUUUCUGUGGCGAGUCAGAGGCAGCUCUGUUUCUUAUUGUUGCAACUACAAGUGAAUGCAACGCUGUUUUCCCCUUUCAGGCAGUGGUUACAAAAGCCAUAACUGUUUUGUGUGCUCUUAUGCCUAGAUGUGGUUAUCCGGUUAAGUCACAAGAAGACGCACGGGGAAAAAACUUGUACUGUCUCCACAAAUCACUGAGGACUAACGCAGAUUAUUGUGUGAAGUCAUCCCUAGAAGUUACAUUUUAUGUUCUCAUUAACUAAAUAUACUAACAAAAUGUAACGUGUAUAGAUAGAUUUAUCAAGUUGGUCUAAGUCUUGCAGGUGUAGGCAGGUGAUUUAUAUUCAUUUUACCACUUGAAGUCCAGGUGCAGGUUUUGGUUUUUUCAUUACUGAGCUGGCAGUUAUCAAUUUGUUAUGUGACGUUGCAGAAAUGUAUUCUGGUCAAAUGCUGCUAUUGGCACUAGUACUGUAAAUCUAUUAUAUAUACAAAAAACAAGAUGUGCUGGAUUAUUUUUCUAAUUACGAUCAGCAUAUACCAUUAAAUAUUUGUAUUAAUGAAUUUAUGGUCACAUGUUUCACUCUGGUUCAUAACAAACUUGUCUCUAAUGCCUUAUUCUGGGGAAACAAAAACUUUUAUUUUGAAAGCCAUUACAUUCAUGUCCUCUCUUCAGUGCAAUCGUGCUUCUAAAGAGAAUCACUGGUAUUUCUGCAUCACUUUUAUUAAAGGGAGAACUGAAUCGUGUUGAGUUGUCAACCAGAAUGUUACGUUUGAUGUAGGAGCUGCCAGAAUGCAACAAGAUUUCCUCAUUUUUAUGAUGUAGCUGCUCAUUUCUAAACUGUAACGGGUGCCUGAGUGUGAUCAGUAACACCAGACAGUUGACAGUUUCUCAAACUGUGUACAUUGUUGUAAAAAAAAAAAAGAAGGAAAUACUAAUGAUACACCUGAAUAAAAAACAUGUCAGUGGUUCUUGCUCGCUGACACAGAA